GCGAGGGGGUGGGGCUGCGGGCGGCGUGGCUGGGUGUGAAUGGGAUACCUGGUACCUGUGGCCCGUCAGAGUCCGGGUGUUGCUGUACCAUGCGGCCUUUAGGCGCGCUCGCCGCCCCGGGUAGUCCUGAAUGCGCUCGCUCCUUAGACGGCGGCUGCGUCUCCCGUGUGCGCGAAGCUCUGGGUGGGCUCCAGGCAGGCCGCCGGCGCUCGGACUGGUUCCCGGGGCCGUGGCCACGGCGUCCGUGAGGGGCUGGUGCCGGCCCCGCGCUCGCCGCUCGCUGCGUAUUGCGGUGACACCGCUGCGAAGCCCGCGAGGAGCGAGAACCUAAAUUGCUUAUAAAUCAGUAAGAAACAAAUGUUUACAUUCACUCAGUGAAAAAUAUCAUGUCUAAGCUCAACAUAUAUUGGAGCCAACAUGGACACCUCUCCCUCCUCCACUAAGAGCGGAAAAUGAGCAAAUCACAGGAACAAGUGUCAUUUAGGGAUGUAUGUGUGGACUUCACUAAGGAAGAGUGGUGUCUGCUGGACCCCACUCAGAAGAUACUGUACAGGGAUGUGAUCCUGGAAAAUUACAGCAACCUUGUCUCAGUAGGGUAUUGCAUUGCUAAGCCAGAAGUGAUCUUCAAGAUAGAGCAAGGAGAGGAGCCCUGGGUAUUGGAGAAGGGAUUCCCAAGCCACUGUAACCCAGAAAGGAAAUGGAAAGCUGUUGACCUACUAGAGAGCAGCCAGGAAAGUCAAGGUGAACAUUUUUGGCACCUUAUAUUCACCAGCAACAAAACAGUGCAGCUUUCAACAUUUUUCUAAGAAUAGAACCUGUCAUCACAAAGUAGGCAUUUACCACUGAUGGUGUUCUCGUCUUGGCCUGCAUUGAUGUGAAACCACCAAGCGUCAUGUUUUUGUUCCUGCCAGAAGUCAUAUAGAGAAAAUGCACUGUUUGUGUGUAUGUGUGUAUUUUGAGACACUCACUAUGUAAUCCAGGCCAGCCUUGAACUCACUAGCCCAGGCUGAUCAUGAAUAAUCUUGGUCCUCCUACUUCACCUUUUGAGUGCUGGGAUUACAGGCAAGCACCAUCACACCCAACUUCCUUGCAUUACAGUUUAUUCAAUCAGCCCUUGACCAACACAAAACAAAAUACGUUUACAAAGGACAUGAUAGUGUUCAAUGUUAUAAAGAAUAGGAGAAAUUGGCAGAGGAAUGACUUGGUUUUAGAUAGGAAAAUAUGUCACUUAGGAGGCUACCUUAAGAAAGGAGCUGAGUGAAUGGAGAGGAAGAAUGUGAGCAGGUGGGAAUUAGAAGCCUAUUUCCCCAACAAUUUUACGUUUCAUGAAACAGCACUUAGUCCUAAUCACCUAGUGUAUUUUGAUACUUUAUUUUGUGUUGUACUAAAUACUUGUUCCUUUAGACUAAUUUCACGGCUAAUGGAUGGAUCAUUGUCCACCUCACUGGUGUGUGAAAUGAUGGGUGCUGCAGGUUAUAGGUUUGUGCUUUCUGAAAUGACCAGUCACUUUCAAUGCCUGGAAAUUGUUUACUGAUAAACUCCCAAGAUACUGUUUGAACUUGUCCUUCCCUUGUCUUGUGUGCCCCAACACUUCACACCCAGCCAUACUUCUGAGAGGGUUCAUCCUGUACAUACCAAUGAUGCCUUCAGAUACCACCUCUGCCUGCUACCCAAGGUGGAGAGUGCAGGGUGAUGGCACUGUGCUUCCCCCAGGCUCGCUCUUUCUGAGAAGACAUACUUAGUCAAACCCUGUGUUUCCUCUGCAUUUUCACCUGCCACUCAGUGCCUGGCUACUGUACAGUACAUCCCACCCUCCUGCCUCUGUCGUUUGAAACCUCACCUCCCUUUCUCAGCCAGUCCUCCUCUUAGGUCUUAGGCUCCUUCCUAGGGUAUUGCACAUGCUGGAAAGUUCUUGACCACAGAGCUACAUCCCCAUUCCUCACACACCACUUUUUAAGAGGACAAUCUUGUGAGGUACCUCAGGUGAGAAGUGACAUGUAGUGUUAUCCUUUCCAUAUCUGGAGUCCAUACUUUGAGAUGAUCAUUCCUCUGGGCUUGUCCUCGUCUAUAAAAUGGGGAAGAGGGUUACCCAUUUGCAAGAGUUAUCCCUUAGCUUGCUUCUGGAAAUGGAGGCUAAAAAUUCUCAGUACCCUCUCCACUACGGAGGUUCAGAAGGCCAGUACAUGUGCUCAGAGAAAGGUGCAGGCUAGGAAAUGACCCCAAAAGACCUACAUCUACAUCUUGGACUAAUGUUUGGCACAGAGACCCUACAAUAGUUUAAAAAAAUAAGAAUUAAAAGAACAAAUGAGCAAAUCCUGAGAAAGAAUAAUUCUCCACAGAUACUACAUAAAUAAAAUUCAGACAUUCAGCUUUCAACAACAAAAAUCACAAGGUAUAUAAAAGAAAAAAACAGGAAUGUAUGGCCUCGUUAAAGGAAGAAAAUAUAUAUCAGUAGAAACCAUCUCUGAGAAAGACCAGAUGGUAGACUUAAUUGACAAAUACUCUAAACCACUGUCUUAAAGAUGUUCAUAUAGCUGAAUGAUGGUGUAAGCAAAGCAUGUAGAAAACAUUCUGAAACUGAAAAGUGUAGUAAGUAAAGCUGGGCAUGGUGGCACAUACCUGUAAUCCCAGCACUGUGGAGGCUGAGGCAGGAGGAUCACUGCAAGUUCAAAUCCAGCCUGGGCUACAUAGUGAACUCAAGGCCAGCCUGAACUACACAGGCACUAUAUCGAAAAAGUACAGUAAGUUUGAUAGAGGGAUUCAGAAGCAUAUUUGGGUAGCCAUAAGAAUCAAUAAACUUGGAGAUUGGACUUGAUCCACUCUGAGGCACAGAAAGAAAAAAGAUCAAAGAAAAGUGAACAAGACCGGUGAGACUUUAGGACACCAUUAAGUAAGCCAAUACAUGCAUUGUUGGAGUGACAGAGAUGUGUUGAGAUAAUGGCUGUUUCCAAGUUUGAUGAAUUCUGUGAAUAUAAACAUGAAGGAAGCUCAAUAAAAUCCAAGUAACAUAAAAUCAAAGGCAGGUACAUGGCGGAACUCAUUGUCAAAAUGUCAAAGGCCAACAUCAGAAAGAGAAUGUUAACAGCAGGUGUAGCGCAGCAGAAGAGCAGUUGCCUAGAACAUACAAGGUCCCUAGCACCAUAGAACGCAAGAAAAAAAAAAAAAAAAAAAAAAAAACGAGAGAAGUAACUCAUCAUAUGCAAGGGAUCCUCACCAGUGUUAUCAACAGGUGUGUCUCUGCAGAAUCUGGAAGUUAGAAGGCAGUGGGUUGAUAUAUUCAAGAUGGUAAAGAAUAAAAACAAUCGUACAUUCAGAAUAAUCAUCCUUCAACUUUUGAGGGAGAAGUUAAGGUAUUCCUGAAUAAAUAAAAGCCAAAGAAGUGUUGCCAUUAGAACUCUCCAAGAAAUGCUAAAGCCAGGCAUUCCAGUGCAUGUCUGUAAGCCCAGCACUCAGAGGCUAAGGCUGGAAGGAUUGCAAACUCAAGCUCUACCUGGCAAUUUAGUGAUUUAGCAAGACCCUCUCUCAGAAUUAAAUAGCUAAAAACCAGGGAUGGGAUGUAGCUCGCUGUGAAGGCCCUGGGUUAAAUCCCCAGUACCACAAAGGAAAAAAAUAGAAAAAAAGAUAGCAUGCCCUGAGCAGGAAUGUUUAUUCCUGAAACACAAGGGUGCUUCAACAUAGGAAAAUGAAUACAAAAUACCAGAUUAAAAUAUCAGGUUAGCCAGGCAUGGUGGUGCACACC